UGCGACCGGGACACACGCUCAGGGCUGCAUCCCUCUGCCAUCUCCGUCUUCUGUCCUCGUUUCUGGAGCCUGACAUCAGGAAGCCAGUGAGAAGGAACCAUCGAUCGAACCUGACUUCCUGCUCCUCCUUUCAUGAGUGUUUCUGUGGGCUCUGCGCCUUCUUUUUCUUGGCCCCCUACCUCAGUGGUCAUUACUAGUGUCCCUCUCCGGUGGUCUCAAAGUGUUCAAUUCUGAAGCCGCAGGCUUGGGUGACGUAUCUGAGAAAGAACAAACUUGUGGAAAACUUACAUUUAGGAAACAGGAAGAAUAAAAAAAGAGAGAGACUGAAGGACCAGGAGGAAGAGAACCAGGACAGAGAAGUACCCCUGCAAACAGCGAGAGAUGGCCGUCCCAAGGCUGUGGCGGAGCGAUCACCUGCCGUUCCUGGGCAUCAUGAUCCUCUUGGUUGUGGUCAUCUCCCUGCUAUUCUAUGCUCUCCUCUGGAAGGCUGGCAACCUCACUGACCUACCCAACCUGAGAAUCGGCUUCUACAACUUCUGCCUGUGGAACGAGGACGCAGGCUCCCUGCAAUGUCAUCAGUUCCCUGAGCUAGAGGCCCUGGGGGUGCCUCGGGUUGGCCUGGCCCUGGCCAGGCUUGGAGUGUACGGGGCCCUGGUCCUCACCCUCUUUGUCCCCCUGCCUCUCCUCCUGGCCCAGUGCAACAGUGAUGAGGGAGAGUGGCAGCUGGCCGUGAGAUUCCUGGAGGCGGCAUCUGUGCUGCUGGCCAGCGGCCUGGGCCUCUUCCUCUCCUAUGUGUGGAAGUGGGUCAGGCUGUCCCUCCUGGGGCCUGGGUGUCUAGCUCUGGGCACUGCCCAGACUUUGCUCAUUGUCUUGCUUACAGCCACGGUUCUGUUCCCUCAGAGGGCCGAGAAGGACAAGAGCAAGCUCGAGAGCUGCUAGUCCUGUCUAAAGGCUGCAUGAUUGCAAGGGGUCCAUUCUAACUCCACUGAGAAGGUGCCAGAGAAUUCGUGGCCUAGCAGGUCCUCUCUGCCAUCGUGUUCCAUAGCUAAUGUUCAUCUCCAGCUCCAACAGGGGGAGCCCGCUUCGGAGCACGGCCCCCAGCGCCAAGGGGGCCGAGAGGCAGCAAGGGUGGCUGGGGCACCUGUGGCUUCUUAGUGUAGUUCUGUCUGUCCUUUGGGACGUCCAGUGAUCCCAAGAACACCCUAAAACCACAAAACUCAUUGUCACACAAUUCCUCCUUUAACUGAUCUGAGCAGUUCUUACUCUAGCCUCAGGAGGGUGGGGAGGUAAGGAUUCCUGUCCCAGGGCCAGGUUUCCAGGCUGAUUUGCAAAAUGUCAGUAAAGGUUUAUGGUAACAAAAGAGAUCACUUUAAUGUCCCUUAGCCCUGGUUAGCAAGCUUCCACUCUGUUGUCUGUGGCGAACAGAUCCCGGUGCCCCUCACCACGACUCCACCCCCAAAGGCCCAGGAAGGAUCUCUCGAGAAUUCAACAAAGACAGCACACAUGGGGCACAAAGAGUAGCCCUGGCAGAGCUGCAGGUUCUCCCCCAAAGGCCCCUGGACCUGAAGCCAGACACAGCAGAGGAGUCAGCAGGCAAAUCCUUCCAAUUCUGUGACCCAGGAGUAUGCCAAGCCUACAGGCAGGAGGAGAAGGCGAACAGGCUAAGUGUUCCCCCCACAUGCUGUACCCCUUCACUUCACAACCCAAAUGGGACAGGAUGCAAGCACAACUCAUGCACUGGGGAACUUCAUGUAUUUUUCAGCACCUGUAUACUGGAAAACCUGUAGAGCAAAUGAUUUACUAAUUCUAUGCCUGUCAAAAGCCACACUAAAUACAG